UCCGGUUUCAGGUCACAUGCCUUCGUGACAUCUCGCGCUCUCUGGAGUCUCGCGAGCACAACUUAAUUUUCGUCAGAAAAGAAAGGAUUAGCAAAUGGAGGAGGCAAACAUGGUCGCUGUUUGAACGCUAAAAGGUGCAGCGAGUACAGCCAAACAUGUCUGAAUCUCUGUAUGAGAAGUUUCUGGCUCCAGAGGAACCUUUCCCUCUCCUCUCUCAAAGAGCCAACCUCAGUGAUGUGGGAACCCUGGAUGUCAGUGAGUUCAGCUGUCAUCUGUCAUCUUGUCACAGAACGGACCCUCUACACCGUUUCCACAGCAACAGGUGGAACCUCACAUCCUGUGGGACCAGCGUGGCCAGCUCAGAGUGCAGCGAGGAGCUCUUCUCCUCUGUGUCUGUCGGGGAUCAGGAUGACUGUUAUUCCCUGCUGGAUGACCAAGAACUAACGUCCCUGGAUUUGUUUCCGGAGGGCAGUGUUUGCAGUGACGUCUCCUCUUCUAUCAGCACAUACUGGGACUGGUCUGACAGUGAAUUUGAGUGGCAGUUGCCAGGAAGUGACAUUGCCAGUGGCAGUGAUGUCCUUUCUGACAUAAUCCCAAGUGUACCAAGUUCACCGUGUCUGUUCUCCAAGAGAAAACUAAAGUCCCACCCUCAUCGCAACCUGGAUGAACUGCCUUGGAGUGCCAUGACUAAUGAUGAACAAGUGGAGUACAUAGAGUACUUGAGUCGGAAGGUCAGCACAGAGAUGGGCCUGAGAGAGCAGCUGGACAUUAUCAAGAUCAUUGAUCCUUGUGCUCAGAUCUCUCCCACUGACAGCGAGUUCAUCAUCGAACUCAACUGUCUCACUGACGAGAAACUCAAACAGGUGCGUAGCUACAUCAGGGAGCACAGUCCCAGGCUGAGAGCCUGUAGCACCAGGGAGGGCUGGAAGAGGAGCAGCCACAGCAGUGCCAGCACAGGUGGGGUCAGCGGAGUCAGCAGCAGCAGCAACGCCAGCAUGGUGAGCUCUGCUAGCUCCUCCACAGGCUCUACAGCCUCCAACUCCGUGGCAGGCGGUACAGCCUCAGCCUGCAGUGGAAGCAACAUCAGCAGAGCUCACAGUGAUGGCAACCUUUCAAGUGCUGCUGAACGGAUUAGAGACUCUAAGAAACGAUCAAAGCAGCGCAAGCUCCAGCAGAAAGCCCUCCGCAAGCGUCAGCUGAAAGAACAGCGGCAGGCGCGCAAAGAACGCCUGAGUGGCCUGUUUCUGAACGAGGAGGUGCUUUCGCUACGGGUGACUGAGGAGGACGAUCACGGAGAUGACCUGGACAUACUGAUGUGACACCAGUGAAUCAAUCAGUGCUCCCUCUAGGCUUGCAAGCUUCUGCCUGAUCUGAUGCUUUAGAGUUCGUAGACCACACUCACCCUCAUCUGGCUCGCUUUGAGCUCUCACGGGGCUUUUAAAGCAUUUUGUCACAGUAAUGUGCUCGGCAGUGUUUGCUUCUAUUAGCCUAUGACUUAGCUGGACAUAUUACAGAACAUGCUAUUGCUUCUACUGUCACCUGCUGCAAGGUAUCAUGCUAAUCGCUGUAAUAAAGCUCAAAUGCUGCUGAUGCUUUGAGAAGAUGCUGAUCUCAGUGUAGCCUGAUUAGAACUAGAGGCUCAUGUUGCACCAGCUUCCAUACAUUUGACAAGAUGACUAAUUAUCUGCUGCUGCUACUAAAAUCAUAACAGACUAGAGGACAGAUCAGGAAUCACUUUUUAUUUUCCAAGUAAUGCUCCAUAAAAAUAUUUCCAUUCUUAUUUCUUUAGCAUUUCUAAAUCAGGUCUUCUUUAUGUGACACACUUGGGUUACAGCAGUAGGAAUACAUUUCUACACGAUGUUUUGAGAUAUGAAUAUAGACUCUUUGCAGUCUUGGUUGAUCUUACUGUAAAUGUGAGUGUUUUAUAUUUAUAUGGAUUUUGAGCUGUCACAUUUAGCGGUUUUUGUUUGUCAGAGCAGAAAACUAACAGUUAUCCUUUGGAGAGGUUUCAGAUGUGAAAGGAAGUGAGCUGAUCUGUCUUUCUAUGCGCUGAGUGUUUUGGCCUCAUUUUACCAAGGCUUAAAGGGAGCACUGAAAGCCUGCAUGUUUAAAUCACUGCCCACACAGAACCCCUGUGUGGGCCAGUAAUUAUUACCCUGCGUCUCGCUUUAUUUUCUAUCCUACACUUAUUAAAACAGCUCAUCUGUGUUGUAAAUACUACAUCUAAUGUCCUGCUUAGGUGGUGGCAUCAACUCAGUUUGCUCUCUUUUUGUGAUCAGUAAAGUUAUUGGUUAUCUCAGCUUAAAGCCUUUAUUGUUGUCCUUUACUUUGCUUAUUUGUGGCAUUUCAUCACAUUUUUAAACUCAGAUGUUUGUUUUUGGGUGAUCACGCCGAAUGAUUUGACCCCUAGUUGGAGUCAAAUCUUAUUUUACUAUUGCCCCUUUUCCAUAGGCUGGUCUGCUCCACUCCACUCAGCUUAUUUUGCUUUUCCGGCCCAAUAUUCUUGAUACCUGCUCAUCAGCAUGUCCCAUGUGGGCUGAGCAGCAGGAGUUUGGGCUUCAAGCCAUAACUCCAUCCGUCAUUUUCAAUGGAAACACUAUAGAUUUAUUGUGGAGUGGAGCUGUGCGGUGCUAGAACCAUGAAUGGAAAAUAUGCAUGAUGUUAAACUGGAGCUGAUUCGUUAAUUUAAGAAUCCACAUCUACUUUGUUGUUAUAUUUCAACUCAACAAAAUGUUGAUGUGAUGCCACAAAAACAGCCUUUUUGGGAACUGAAGCUAACCUAAUUGUUCUCAUCCUUUGAGAUUUAGCUGCUUUGUAUUUUAUAGUUUUGUUUUUUUCUCAUUAAGUUGUGACUCUUUCACUGCUGAGCUGUAAUGUGUUAAACCACUGCAGUUACUGGCACAAAAGCCUGCUGUUGUUUUAAAUGUACUGUUCAUAUAUAAAGAUAGAAAUUACAACAGUUAUGUUUAAAAACAGGUUUAUGUCUUCUGUAGCAUUGAAAUAUUAAGAGUCUAUUUUGGAAAUUGAAAUAAUUUUGAAACAAGUGUGAUUAAAAUAAAGUUUGUGUGAAUAAGGUACCAAAAACUGCUGAAAAUAAAUUAGCUUAAAAGCGA